UUACAUUUCUUUCGUCGUUUGAAUAUAUUUCGUGGGCGAUUCUUGUUUUGAAUGCACUCGGCUAGUGCAUUUUGAAACUCGGUCCGAGGUGCCGAGUCAAACCAUUACAAAAUCGUCGUGAAUCAAUUCGUCUUUUUUACCCUCAUAACAGCGUUUCGCGAGUUUGGAUCGUACGAUCAGAGCCUCUAUCAACGAGAUUCUCGACUGGUAUUUAUUUUUGACAAGAUUACAAGGGGGUAAAUAUGCGGGCUUACGCAAACCGCGGUGAUACGCAAAGAUCUUACCCGUGGGAGAGAGAGAAACGUGUCGAAUUGUCCCACAGCUGGGGAGGAGAGGCUUGGGAUAAAGACUAUAAGAGCGACAAAACCCACCUCAUGAAUGGAUUCACACAGCCACAAGGCCCGUCUUGCAAAAAGUACAUCUCUGUAGUUUCCGAAGGAAAUUACUUCAUAGCCUCCAAGGCGCCCCUUCCAGAUCGCAUCGAGCUUCGGAUGUGUGGUACCACAGGGUUUGGGCAAAACAAACGCACUCUGUCCAUACCGGACUUGUACCGCGUCAAGAUGAAACCCAUUCCGGAAGUAUUCGAGGACACGAUAGACGCGGUCCAGGUUCGACGAGAAGAGGUCCAGUUGGAAGGUGCUUGUCCUUUGCACAGCCAUUCUCCGAGAAGUGGUUCUCUAAAGGAGAUGUAUGUGUCACAAUACACGCACCACUUUGAUCCAAGCGAGCCUCGCUCACACAUUGCCGGGUGGAAGGUGGACAUCGAACCGAACGGAAUCCCUCACCGUCGAUCUCGCAUGUGCGUACUCAACAACCCCGUCGUUUCGGGAUCUCGAAAGAGACCCGAACGUCCGAAGUCUGCACCUCCAACAUUAGCGUACGAGUUUGACACAUUUUCGGAAGACAUCGAAGACGACAGACUCUCGUGCGCCACUCUGCCUAAUUUUCAUCAAGACUUUAACGGCCCUACCCGAAGUACCGAGGACUUAUCGAUACGUCUCAAAGAUCUUAUCGUCGAUGCUCAACCUCCAGACUACCCAAACGACGACAGCUCAUUCGGUUACGAUCCUAGUGAUGACACAUCGGAAACUUCUUCGGCGUUUUACCAGGACCAAGGCUCCUACAGAAAGCGCGAUCCCGCCAGAUUUAGCUACAGCCGUCCCAGGUUGCUUCGACUUGGUCCCGAUUUUCCUGGAGUCCGAAAUCUGGAAAAAAUGCGUCGAAAAAGACAAAGUAUGGGAUCAUCUUCAACUGGCUCUCUUUCUUCUUCCCCUUCGCCGUCUCGAGGCGAAUAUGGAUUUUUCGUGGCACUUACAUCGAAAGAUCAAAUACCACAACAAAAGCACGGCAGAUACUACUCCAUGACUUAAGAGGAAAGUGAUUUUAAGUUAUUGAUUUGAACAAAUUGUUCAAAACUGAAAAGAAUAUUACAGCGGCAAAAUUUUAUGCGCUCGAUGCGCAAGGCAUGCCGGGGCAGAAGGACUGAGACUUGAAGAACAAAAGUAGGGUUUUCCACCAUUUAUUAACUUUAUCAGCACUUUUAAUUUCUAAAGAAUCAUCUAUAGAUUUUUUUUUAAAUGAUUACUUUUUUCUUUUAUCUUUAUAGCAACAUUGUACUGUUUAACACACACUGACAUGCAUGCAACUUCAAUGUAACAAAAUGAAAAUCACUAGAGUAGGAUGCGUCACGGACGUUACCGAUCAGUAUCCACUCGGAGACCGAGAAUUUCGGCGAAGCUUUGUGAUCAUACAUGAACAAGAUAUGUCUUGGGAGGCAGUAGCCGAGACUGCUUUAUCGUAACUCGUACAAAUAACAUAGGCGUCAGGAUUCUAUCGAACGUAAUUUAUUUUAGUUAUUGAACUGGUUUAAGAUGUAAAUACAGAUUUGGGCCUUGAACUCAGUGCUUAAAAAGCUGUUACAGUAUUGCACAUCACAUUGUUCAUUGUUGCUCAAGUGUAUUCUUUCAAUUAAUGCAUGAUUAAAUUUCUCAUUGUCGA